AUGUUAACAUUGACUCCAAUACUUUUCCUUUUUUUUGCUGUUUUAAACUCUGUAACGGCUUCAAAGACGUAGGUUAAAGUAAAGUGAGGGCCUUUUAGGCUUAUGUACCACUUUUUAGGAUUAGGUACACAUUUUAAGACUUAAGUACACAUUUUUAGGCUUAGCUGCACAAUUUUAGGCUUAGGUACACAUUUUAGGCUUAAUUACACAUUUUAAGCCUAGACACACAUUUUUAGGCUUAGGUACGCAUUUUAGGCUUACGCACACAUUUUAGGCCUAGGUACACAGUUUUAGGCUUAAGUACGCAUUUUAGGCUUAGGUACACAUUAUUAGGCUUAGGUACACAUUUUAGGCUUAAUUUCAGGUCUGAAGGCCAAGUAUGGGCCGUAUUAGUGUCAGGAUCAUGUGGACUAGCCAAUUAUCGUCAUCAAGCUGAUGUUCUUCAUGCUUAUCAGAUCCUAAGAGAACAUAGAAUACCAGAAGAACAUAUUAUUACCAUGCUAUGUGAUGACAUUGUGAAUGCAGAAUAGUAAAGUUUUUGCCAGUUUUUGUUUUGUAAAGAAAUUUCUUGUCAUUUUUUGUUUUGUAAAGAAAGUUCUUGCCAUUUUUCAUUUUGUAAAGAAAGUUCUUGCCAUUUUUUCAAUUUUCAAAAAAAAUAUUUAAAAUUACAGUAACCCCUUCCCCGGCGGAGUCUUUAACUCACUGGAGAGCCCAGACCUAUAUAAAACAGCCAAGAUCGACUAUCGUGCUAAUGAUGUCACCCCAGCCAACCUGCUAAAGCUGCUCAGAGGUGAGAAAGUCAAAGAAGGCGGCAAGGUACUCAAUAGUACUGAGAACGACCGAGUAUUCAUUUACUAUGCUGGGCAUGGCAUGAUUGGAAGCUUGGCUUUUAGCGACGCGACCAUAAGCGAUGAGACUAUGGUAAGCAGCUACCCCCUACCCUCCGAUACCCUCUAACAUUACGGUACCAAUACCCAGCCUAGAAUCCUACAGUAUCCCUCCUAACCCAUACAUAUAUUCCUACAGUACCACACUAUUACUAGCCUUCUGUCCCUUUUCAGCUCCAAGCCAAAGACUUUCAAGCAGCCCUAAAGACCAUGUACAACAAGAAGAUGUACAAAAGACUGGUCAUAUACCUUGAAGCAUGUUACUCAGGCUCAAUGUUUGAUAACAAAACUUUGGCCGAUCAUAAUAUCUACGCCAUUACUGCGGCCAAUGAUCAGGAAUCAUCGUAUGCGACAAAUUGUAUCGACGUAUCUGGAUGGGCAACAUCUAAUGUAAGGUUUUUGGGCUUGUAAAGAAAGUUCUUGCAAUUUUUUGUUUUGUGAAGAAAGUUCUUGCUAUUUUUUGAUUUGUAAACAAAGUUCUUGCAAUUUUUUAAGUUGUAAAGAAAGUUCCUGCCAUUUUUUGUUUUAUAAAGAAAGUUCUUGCCAUUUUUUGAUUUGUAAAGAAAGUUCUUGCCAUUUUUUGUUUUGUAAAGAAAGUUCUUGCCAUUUUUUGUUUUGUAAACAAAGUUCUUGCAAUUUUUUAAGUUGUAAAGAAAGUUCCUGCCAUUUUUUGUUUUAUAAAGAAAAUUCUUGCCAUUUUUUGAUUUGUAAAGAAAGUUCUUGCCAUUUUUUGUUUUGUAAAGAAAGUUCUUGCCAUUUUUUGUUUUGUAAAGAAAGUUCUUGCCAUUUUUUGUUUUGUAAAGAAAGUUCUUGCCAUUUUUUUGGUUUGUAAAGAAAAUUUUUGCCAUUUUUUGUUUUGUAAAGAAAGUUCUUGCCAUUUUUUGAUUUGUAAAGAAAGUUCUUACCAUUUUUUGACUUGUAAAGAAAGUUCUUGCCAAUUUUUUUCUUUGAAAGUAGUUUUUUCUGUUUUUUCUUUUUGCACGGUGCAAUCAAUUUUUCUGCACUGUGCAAGAUUUUUGCCAUUCUUUUUUAAUGCAACGGCAAAAAAUUAUUGUAUAAUAAUUACUAUCGUUUUACACAGUAACAUAAAGAACAAUUGUUGACAAAAAAAAUUUUUAAAUAUUUUGUAAACAAAGUUCUUGCAGCUUUGUGAACUGUGCCUGGGUGACGAAUUUUCGGUAAAUUGGAUGUCAUUCUCUGACCAAGCCACAUUAACAAAGGAGACACUAGAUGAACAGUACCUAUUUACUAAAGAAAAUACGCUACAAAGUCAUGUUGAACGGUUUGGCAAUAGUGAAAUGACAAAAGACUUCAUUGGCUAUUAUCAGGCUUGGAAUGAAGAAAAAGGCGAGUUUCGGAGGCUGUAA